UGCAAUCUUAGAAACCCAACUGUACAAGUAAAGGCUAUGAAAUGUGGCUAUAAUGUGCAGCAUCACACCGUAUAACCGAUCGAUGAGCGACGGUUACUCCCCAUCUUCCUUACCUUCCUGGCCCUCCCUCCUCCCUCGCUUCCACGCAUCUAGACCGACAGACUGCGCGACCCCCUCCCCCUUCCAUCAUUUUCCCAUCUCCUACUCACUCUCCCCUCCAACAAACAUGGCUGCGAAAUCUGACGGUGCAGCCGUCUCUCCUCGAAACCAAAUCCCACCCGACUGUCCCUCCAGGUCGGACCCUCGGCCUCCGCAGCGACUCCCCGCCGACCAGCGAUACUCCCUGUCGGACUGCUGCUGGACCCUCUGCGCCCUUUUGGUCUUCUUCUCGGACGGGGCCUCAGACCUGUGGCUGGCUGCCGACUACUACCUACGGAGGGAGUACUGGUGCUUUGCUCUGACUCUCGUCUUUGUGGUUAUCCCCUCCUUAGUGGUGCAAGUGUUGAGCAUCCGAUGGUUCGCCUACGAUUUCUCCGACACCCCCGAGAGUGGCACGGCUGCUGCAGCUGUGGUGGCGGCGUCGGGAGCGGAGGUGAGCGACUUCGGUGGCAAGGACGGCGACGAGCGGGGCGCUGGCCGCACCUCCGCGGCCGUCGUACUGCCCGGGCCGGCCACCGGGGGAGGAGCCCGGGGCUGCUGUAGAGUGUUCAUGUGGCUCUUCCAGGCCGUCAUUCACAUCUUUCAGCUUGCUCAAGUGUGGAGGUAUGUCCGAGCCCUGUAUUUGGGUGUGCAGAGCCGCUGGCACAGGGAGCCGGAGCGGCGGCACUACUAUUGGCGCAUGAUGUUUGAGAGCGCUGACAUCAGUAUCCUGCGUUUGCUGGAGUCCUUCCUGAAGAGCGCCCCCCAGCUGGUGUUGCAGCUCUCCAUCAUGAUACUAGCUGGUCAGGUGCUGCCUCUUCAGGGACUCUCAGCAUCCGCCUCAUUGAUGUCCCUGGCCUGGAUGAUCGCGUCCUAUCAGAAAGUCUUGAGGGACUCCAGAGAUGAUAAGCUCCCCAUGACCUACAAGGCAGUCAUCAUUCAGAUCCUGUGGCAUCUCUUCACCAUCGGGGCUCGUGCGCUGGCCUUCGCCCUCUUUGCCUCCGUGUUCCAGCUUUACUUUGGCAUCUUUAUUGUGGCCCACUGGUGUAUCAUGACCUUUUGGAUCAUUCAAGGCGAGACUGACUUCUGCAUGUCCAAGUGGGAGGAGAUUAUUUAUAACAUGAUGGUGGGCAUCGUGUAUGUGUUCUGCUGGUUCAGUGUGAGGGAGGGCCGUACUCGCUGCAGGAUGCUCACCUACAGCCUAACUGUGUUUGUGGAGAACGUGGCCCUCACCACCACCUGGUACCUGUACCGCAGCCCUCGCACCUCAGACUUUUACGCCGUUGUCAUGGUGUGUGUGGUGGCCAGCAGCUACGCUCUGGGCACCUUCUUCAUGUUUGUUUAUUACUGUCUGUUGCACCCUAAUGGCCCUGUCUCAGGCUGGGGCUAUGUGUCUGAGAAGGAGGUGGCUGCAGAGGCGCUGGUAUCGCCAACUUCCAGCCUGCCCCCUGACCUGGUGAACAGCCCACCCAGGACUCUGCAGAGAACUAAAGACAGAGAGCAGGGGUCUGGGAUGGACGGAGAUGUGUUCCUGGUGCGAACACUUCGAGGAACACGGGCUCCCAUGCCCCACCCUACACCCAGGACAGAUGGUCCCGUCAUCCGAAUAGACCUGCCCAGGAAGAGUUACCCCGCCUGGGACGCUCACUACAUCGACCGCAGGCUACGGAAAACAAUCCUGGUGCUGGAAAGCGCUGCUCCGGUUGCGCCAAGGAUUCAGUACCGCUGCCUGGGCACACCCAAAGAAGUGAUGGAGUACGAGACCACCGUGUGACGUGACAAUGAAGCUGCUGAGACAGAUGACUCUUCAUCUCCAUGACGACUUGAUUGCUGCCAAGAACUGCCAAGCAGUGGAGACAAAGAAUGGGAUUGUUCUUGCAAAUGCAAAGUGCUCCGAUGUUGUCAAAUGGUGGUGCAUAUUUACUGUAGUUUCGGUGUCAUUUCUCAGGUUAGGGUGACGGUAACGAAGCACGUUGUCGAGAGAAGCACAGUGUCAGAACUUCAAUCAGAGGCGGUGACUCCUCCUCAGUAGGACACGCCUUCAACAUGUCUGACAAUAAAUGGCAGCUAGAACUGAAGCAUCACUGAACACAGUGCAGAGGAGUGAGUGGGCAGGUGCUUUUAAAGCCGAGACACUCGCAGUGCACUUUUAAAUACCGCAGAAGUAGUGAUCGUCAUUUUUUCCAAUGCUGCUCACUCAUGUUGAAGGAGUCUCUUAGAAAAUGCAGCUUUCAAAUGUGGAGGACAGUGGAAAAGCAACAUCAGAGUCGAAUGUAAAAACAGUAGAAAAGGUGUAUGUUUGUGACAAGGUUUGAGCAUAGAAAACAUUUCCGUGUCAUCGUUGAGGUGAGCUAGAAAAAUUGUUAGUCUUAAAAAGAAGCACAUUCUUUAACGUGUCCACUAAAUAAGAGCUAUGUGACAAAGACAAAAGGGUAGAUUUGCCAUAUAAAUGAAACAAUGAGAAGGAACUUAUAGCCGUCUGUACUUGUUCUGUAUCCAUAUUUUGUUCCGUGAGUAAUGUAAAGAAAAGUUUUAGCUGCAGAUGUGAGACUUCUGCAGAGACUAGCUUUGACUUUAUUGAUGGUAAUGGCAUGUAUCUUUCAUCAGGGUUCUUUUUUUCUAUGGAUUAGUCACAAGUGGAAAAUGUGUGUAUUUGCGUGUGUGAGAGAAAGUUACAUUGAAGUUUAUGGUGGCGUUACUGAGGGGAAAAAAGGCAGUUUUGUUGUAAACACUGUCCAGACACAGACAUAGAUCAUAAAUAGCCCAUUCAGCACCUUUAACAACCCUAAGGGAGACGUCUAAUGAUGAUUAUGGUGCUAACUGUCUCAAGCCAUCAUGUACCAACCACACAGUGUCACGUCAAAUAAGCUUGGAAGGAACUGUACCUCAAAUGCAACACAAGAAUCAAAAAGCCUUAAACUGGUCACACCAGACUGUUGCGAGACAAAAGCAAAAGGAGAAGGUGAAGACAAUGUCAUAAUGUCACUGUUGCUUGAAUAAAGCGCAAUGUGUUUACCUGA